AUGAGAAAGACCUCGUACAUCCUCGCCUUCUUCGCCGUCGCCGCCACUCUCACUUUGAACAUCCUCUCCGUCCAGCGACCCGACUGGCUCGUUGUCAAGAACCCUGACAUCUUCCACACCAAGGACGUCGUCAGUAUCGGCCUCAACCAGCUCUGCGAGCUCAGCGUCAUCGACUGGCCCGGUCCCAAUGGCAGCACAAUCUCAUACACCAACUACUCCUGCCGCCGCUUCCCCAUGCGUGAUGCCGAUGGCUGCGACAAGGAGAACAAGGCUUUCUGCAUGAUCUGGAGCACGGCCGGGUACUUUGGCGAGUUGGGCAUCGGCUUUGCCAUCGUCUCUUGUCUCGCCAUCCUGUUCGGUGUCACAACCCGCUCCCGCCGGAGAAGAAUCUGGAAGUCUGCGUCCGUGUUGGUGGCAUUGCACGUGCUGUCGCAGAUGAUCUCCUUCGCUGUGGUCACCCACCUCUACCGCACGGAGAUGUAUCCCACGUUUGACCGCGCCCGCCCCGGCCUUGCCUACGUCCUCAACGUUGUCUCAUGGGUUCUGGGACUCCUUGUUACCGCCGGUGUCGUUACCACUGGUAUGUCCGCCGCCAGGGGCCACGCUUGGGCCGCGGGCAACCGCGCCUAUCGCCCCAUUCGCGGUUGA